GUUUUUACUUAAAACGUGCUGAUUCCUGGUCCAAAUCACAGCCGAAUUUAAGAGGAGACCACAACUAUUCACUAGUCUUGAACUUUAAGACAGUCUGGACCAGACGCACACAUCGACUACAACCGGUCACGCCGUCACUGUCAUCGGGUUACAGCCGAGCGGAGAGAGCUGAGUACCGGUAAGGAUGUCGGUGCUCAGCCCAGCCCCAAGCAGCGCCGACGCCUGCCUCAGCAUUGUCCACAGCCUCAUGUGCCACCGGCAGGUCGGAGAGAAUGAGGGCUUUGCCAAGCGGGCCAUUGAGAGCCUAGUGAAGAAGCUGAAGGAGAAGGAGGACGAGCUCGACUCGCUCAUCACCGCUGUCACCACCAAUGGCGUCCACCCCAGCAAGUGCGUGACCAUCCAGAGGACACUAGAUGGGCGGCUGCAGGUUGCAGGCAGGAAAGGAUUCCCCCAUGUGAUCUACGCCCGUCUGUGGCGUUGGCCUGACCUGCAUAAGAACGAGCUGAAACAUGUCAAGUUCUGCCAGUUUGCCUUCGACCUGAAGUACGACAGUGUGUGUGUGAACCCCUAUCACUAUGAGAGGGUGUCGUCCCCCGCUACCACAGCUCCUCAGCCUCUGAUAAAGGACGAGUUCAUUCAGGACUGUCUGCAGAUCGACCUGCCCUCGCGACCUGACACAUACAGCCAGCCCCGCCCUGUCGGCAUGUAUCCCAGCAUGCCUCUGUCUCCCCCAGGCAACAGCACCAUGACGGUGGCUGCCCUGUCAGCUGGUGGCAGCGGGGGUGUUGGGGGCGAGGGGCCAGGCUUCCUUCAGAUUGCCCCACCUGACAACCAUGGGGCUCAAGCAUCCCCCCCCCCUCCCACCCCCACCUCCCCACACCAGCAGAGCCUUGAGUACAGCAGCCCCCCCAAAACUGCCACCUGGACAGGUAACAGCCCCUUCCCCUACAGCCCCACAGGACCUCAGCAGAGUGGGCGGAGCCACCAGCAGCCUCCUUCUCAUCGUCAUCAUCAUCAUACCCCGAGCACUCACUUUUGGUCACAGCACCACAGUACGGCUCCGUAUCCUCAGCCAGUGUCCAACCACCCAGGUCCAGAGUUCUGGUGCUCCAUCUCGUACUUCGAGCUGGACAUCCAGGUUGGGGAGAUGUUCAAGGUACAGUCCAGCUGUCCUCUGGUGACGGUGGAUGGGUAUGUGGACCCUUCAGGGGGGGACCGUUUCUGUUUGGGACAGCUUAGCAAUGUCCACCGCACUGCUGCCAGCCACCGUGCCAGGCUCCACAUCGGUCGGGGGGUUCUGCUGGAGUGUCGUGGGGAGGGGGACGUUUGGAUGCGCUGCCUCAGCGACCACUCUGUGUUUGUCCAGAGUUUGUAUCUGGACCGAGAGGCGGGCAGAGCACCUGGAGACGGUGUCCAUAAGAUCUACCCCGGGGCCUACAUCAAGGUGUUUGACCUGCGUCAGUGUCACAGACAGAUGCAGCAGCAAGCAGCAGCAGCUCAGGCGACGACGGCUGUCAGUGCGAUUCCGGGGCCAAACGGUGUGGGAGGGAUUGCCCCGGCUGUCAUGUGUCCUGCUCUUCCUGCAGUGGCGUGCUCGUCCGCAGGUCUGGGCGUGGACGACCUGCGUAGAUUGUGUAUUGUGCGUCUGAGCUUUGUCAAAGGCUGGGGCUGUGACUACCCACGACAGAGCAUCAAGGACACCCCCUGCUGGCUGGAGGUCCACCUGCACCGGGCGCUGCAGCUGCUCGACCAGGUGCUGCACACGAUGCCACAGCAGGACCAGGCACUCUGACUCUGCUACACCAGUGUGUGUGUAGUGUGUGUGUGUGUGUGUGUGUGGGGGUGUGUGUGUGUGUGUGUGUGUGUGUGUGUGUGUGUGUGUGUGUGUGCGUGUGUGUCUUGGGCUGCAGACUCAGACAGGUACACACCUCCCUGCUUCAGACAAUCAGCUAACCACAGCAUCUCACGCCUCCUGUCAAUCACAUGAAUUUCCAUGGAUACCAGCAUCCAGGGACACAUUAAAGGGUCAGUUCACACAGAACAUGAAGGAAACCUGUCCAGUUUCUGAAGGACCAAAGAUGUGACUGUGAGUCAGCAGGUGAGAGUGAGAGCAGGCAGGUACAGAUCUGUAGAUCUGUUUCUUUCUUUUCCUUCUUAUGUUAGCAUAGUUAGUGUACUCUGAAACUGAUUUCAGACGCUAGCUCUCAAAAAUCAUUUUCUGCCUUGAUUAAUAUUGGGUCCAGACUACACAGUUUUUUUUGUCUGACACGAUGGUCACUGUGUCAGAGUAGUGUACAUGAUUAGAAGGUCAUAUAGUAAAUUUGUGCCAUGGCUCGGACUAAGCAUAUGACAGACUACACAUUGGUACCCAACAGAUCACAGUCUGCCAUCAUUCAUGACCUGUGUGGAUGAGGUGCAGGGACUGGGAGAAUGUAAACACAGGAUAGUGCCUGAAGCAGUGUGUGUGAUACUGCCUGCUUGUGUUUGGAAAACCAGAUAAAAGAAGAAAUGCCUGCAGCUCUGUCUGUGGGUCGCAUGAACAGGGCAGUAGGCUAUAGGCUGUCUAUCCUUCAUGGAGAACUUUGGCAGCGGCUAAAAAGAAGUGUCCUUGGCCAGAACUAAAAACUAGCUAGCUAGCUCUGUUAGGGUAGCUACUUCACAAGGCUGACUGUGACAUUCAGUGUGCUAACGUGAGGUGUAUCUCUGUGUUAUUUGAUGUAUAUGGUUCAGUCCAAUAUACCAAAGGUGUUGUGAACAGAAGAACAAUCUGUGCUCCUAUUGGUUAGUGCUGCCCAACACGUUGUAGAAGUAGACAAAUUUCUGACAUGCUAGAUUUUGUGUCGGGACAUCGUGAGGCUUCCCACGUGCAGCAUUGGUUGUCAUUUACUAUGAUACACCAGUUGGGUCGGGCUGUUAUCAGACUUAAAUCAUGUGGUCUGAACCCAGGAUAACCAUGCCUCAGAUGAGACAUUUUGUUUUUCUGUUUUAUGCACACUAUUUAUGUCCCUGAGGCGGGGCUAAAUAACAGCAAAGUGUAGCUAAUAAAUUGACAGCUGAGUGUAUUUUCACAGGAUGGAGAAAAUCUUUUGUGUAAUUUGAGUAAACUGACCCUUUAACCGGUUUGAGCCAUCAGUUGAGUUUUCUGUUGGACUGCUCCUUUAACAUGUGGAUUACAACUUAUUUAUUUUUAUUGAUUACUUACCAAAGAUAAUGACAUAAUUUCUUGUUUGUGCUUCAGCUCCAAUCUGGUGUAUGUUUUAAAGGCUUUUAUUCUGAAAGGGUCUGCAACAUGUACUGUUUAUUCAAAUUAAA